AUGUCUGCCGCGGCUUGCAUUUUCUGCAAGAUCAUCAAGGGCGAGAUCCCUUCCUUCAAGCUGUUCGAGUCCUCCUCCGUGUUCGCCUUCCUAGAUAUCCAGCCACUCAGUGUAGGACAUGCGCUUGUCGUUCCCAAACAUCAUGGCGCAAAGCUCACCGACAUCCCCGACGACCAGUUGAAGGACAUACUUCCUGUGGUAAAGAAGAUUGCUGCUGCGUCGGGAGCGGAGAACUGGAACUGUCUGCAAAACAAUGGGCGGCUAGCACAUCAAGAGGUUGACCACGUGCAUUUCCACAUGAUCCCUAAGCCCAAUGAGACCGAAGGACUUGGCAUCGGAUGGCCGGCGCAGAAAUCUGAUAUGGACAAGCUCAAGCAAUUACACGAGCAGCUAAAGAGCAAGAUGUAA